AUGAAGUGGGCCUUUGUUGUGUGUGCCAUGGUGGCAGUGUCCGAGUGCCUUCUCCAGGUCCCUCUGGAGAAAGGUCAGACUGCCAGGGAGGUCCUGGAGAAGCAGGGUCUGUGGGAGGAGUACAGGCUCAAGUACCCAUACAACCCCAUGGUCAAGUUUGACCAGAGCUUUGCAGUUGGCCCCGAGUCCAUGACCAAUGACGCUGACCUGGCUUACUAUGGAAUCAUCUCCAUUGGAACUCCUCCUCAGUCCUUCAAGGUCGUCUUUGACACCGGCUCCUCUAACCUGUGGAUACCCUCCAUCUACUGCAGCAGUGCAGCCUGCAACAACCAUGACAAGUUCAACCCUGGCCUGAGCAGCACCUACAGACACAACGGCGGUUCCCUCAGUAUCCAAUAUGGCACCGGCAGCAUGACCGGCGUCCUCGGAUACGACACUGUGACGGUGGGUGGCCUCGCUGUGAAGAACCAGAUCUUCGGUUUGAGUCAGUCCGAAGCUACCUUCAUGCAGUACAUGCAGGCUGACGGUAUCCUGGGCCUGGCCUACCCACGCCUCUCUGCCUCCGGCGCUACCCCUGUCUUCGACAACAUGAUGACAGAAGGUCUCGUCAACCAGGACCUCUUCUCCGUGUACCUGAGCUCUAACGCUCAGCAAGGUAGUGUGGUGACCUUCGGUGGUGUUGACCCCAACCACUACACUGGCGCCAUCACCUGGAUUCCCCUCUCCAAUGAGCUGUACUGGCAGAUCACCGUGGACAGUGUUACCGUCAAUGGGCAGGUUGUGGCCUGCAGUGGCGGUUGCCAGGCCAUCGUGGACACCGGCACUUCCCUGAUCGUUGGACCUCAGAGCAGCAUCAGCAACAUCAACAAAUAUGUGGGAGCUACCAGCCAGAACGGAGACUAUGUUGUCAACUGUAACUCCAUCAGCCAAAUGCCCGAUGUGACCUUUCACAUCCACGGACAGCAAUUCACCAUCCCAGCCUCGGCCUACGUCAGUCAGUCUCAAUACUAUGGCUGCCGUACCGGCCUCGGCAAUGGAGGUGACAGCCUGUGGAUCCUGGGCGAUGUCUUCAUCAGACAGUACUAUUCCAUCUUCAGCAGAGCCCAGAACAUGGUGGGUCUGGCCUUGGCUAGGUAA